UUUUGCGUUGUAUUGCGUAUGCUGUGCUCAGACCCUGGUUGGACCAGAGGCAGACUAUGCUGUGCUCGGCGCUGUACACGUACCUACGCCUUAUACCGGACCACUCGUCCACAGCCCUGACCAGUCUGCGCGUGGCCGAGGUCAACUUCUGCAUUGAUCUGCUCAGGAACAGGUUUUCUGACUGCAUGACGCUAGGCCGUGAUCUACUGCGCCUGCUGCAAGCUGUUGCCAGAAUACCAGAGUUUGGCCAGCUGUGGACUGAUCUUCUACAGAACCCACAGUCCCUAAGUCCACACUGUACUG